GAAGCGGAUUUGUUAUGGUCUGCGAGUCACAAACUGUGUGUAGUGAAAUGGUCCUGCCUACCCCCUUCCACUCAAUAUGGAUACGCUCUAGCUCGGUCUAGCAUGGAUGUACUUCCAAGACAAGAGUCGGGAUGAUGGCGCCCCAAACGUGACAGAUGCCGAGGGUGAAGAAACAUGAAGAUCAAGGUGUACAAUGUGGGUGACAGAGAGGUGGUCUCAUAUCACAUCAUCCUUCUACUGGGGGAAAUUGAGGACUGUCUUGACGAUGGGGUCCUGGAUGUGUGGAACUCCAGUGACAGGUCAGGGCGACGCUACCAAUGGCCCGUGGUUGAGGGCUGCUUUAAGGUGCUUAUGGAGCUGAAACUUGGAGAGAACAUCCUUAGUGUACAAUUUGAGGAUGAGGUAUUGACGUUGUCUCUCAUAUUUGAAGAGCCCAAAAUUGCCCACUUUGUCCGCCCAGUUUAUAUUGUGUUGUCUGAUGAUGAUGGCUAUUUUCAAGGCCCUGAUGAUGAAGAUUGCUCACCUACUAGUGCCAUUCGGAGGAUUACACUUGGAGCCCAGUUGAUACAGACAUUCACUGCAGAGAAGAUGAAGGAACAUGGUUUUGGGCGGCGGACAUUUCAGCUGGAAACUGGUGAUGACAAUUCCCCUUUGUGUCAUCUAUUUCGUAGUAAGCUAACGACAGAACAAGCAUAUGCUAUGUCUGGAAAUGACCUGUGGAGCCAUUUUGCCAAAGAACUGAUGACAUCACACUUACGAAAUAAGGACAAGUGCAAAUGGUAUUGUUUUAUGUCUUUCACUCGCUAUCAGCCUCCUUCUGAUACAGACAUUCCAAAGACACACAGUGAGAUAUUACGCUACACAAAAGGACACACAGCAUUAGGUGGCGGUGGACUGGCACUGUUUGGGACCGGGAAUCUUCACACGUGGGCUGAGAGUCUGGAGGAAGUGUACACACGCCUCACCGACUGCCGCAAGAUCAACAGGAGGAAGUACAUGGAUGACAGUGCAUACAGGGAGUACUACUGGGCCAACUACGCCACAGGGCUGGGGGCGUCUCUCCAUGAACUUGGACACACCUUUGACCUUGCACACACACCUUCAGGGAUCAUGGCUCGAGGUUUUGAUGACCUCCAUAAAGUCUUUACCAUCCAGCGUCUGCGGAGCAAUGGGCGCAGCAGCUGCUGCUCCGGACGACAACGCUACAACAGCAACAGCAGCAGCAUAUCACGGACCCCCUCCAGCAGCAGUAUAGAGGGCUCCCCACUCUCCAUGUCGCUCGAUGCAAAUCAACGAAGAUAUAAAGAUGUCUGCUAUGGCAGUCCUUACAAGCGGAUUUCUCGGUCCAGCAGCAGCAAUAGUAUAUACAUCGCCCCACCCCCACUGGUUGUCAAGGUGGAGACAGGGUUCAAACCUGUCAAGUCCCCGUCAAUGCUCACUUUCUCUGUGAAGAACUAUGAUGGCUCUGAGACACACAAAACUAUAGCUCAGGACCCAGCUGGAGAGACAGUGACGGAGCUGAAUGUGGCCACGGAUGGAAAACUCUUCAGUGGAAGGGCCACUCGCAGAGAUAAAAUGUCAUUAGGAUUUGGAAUAAAAUGCUGCUACUCGUCUUCAGAACGUCGCCCGAGUUCAUGUUCCAGUGCAGGAUCAUCGGCCAGCCUGUCCCCCACAUCUUCCACACCCUCCACGCUCCCCAACUCCCCCGAGGAGCCCGACCUACGACUACCUGAUGUUCAGUUUGCUGAUGAUGGCGCUCACUGGUACAGAUCUUCUGCAGUUGUACUCAGGUUUCACAGAUGGUUUAACAAAGCUAGCACAGACGAUCCAAGAAAAAAUCCAGUUCUUUCCAACAAGUGCCACAUUCUGUCAGCAAGUGGUCUGAGGCUGGUGGAGCUCCGGACAGAUCCUGGGGGACUCGUGUUUCAUCACUGGGAAUUUCUCCACGAGACUCCACCACUGGACUUUACACUCAAGAGGUCAAGGGUCAAGGCCAUCCCAGAGGGGACCACCACAGCUACUGUUAUGGCAGAAGAUACCUAUGGAAAUAUUUUAAAGAAGAGAGUCAAGAUAGAUGAUUUUGAAUGAAGUUGAUUUAUGAUAGUGAGUCAAUCAGUCCAGGAAUGGCUGCAAGAAAUGGCUGUUGAUUCAGUUUGACAAUCUGACUUCUUAGAGAUAUUAAGUAAUGCAUAUAAGUGAAAUAUAAGGGACUAUCUACUGUUGAUAUUGAGGACAGAUGCACCUACUCUAUCCUGCCUUAAUACAUACACUAUUCAUGCACAAGUUUAUUUCCUAUUUUGUCAAGCUAGAAGCUUCUAUUUUAACACCUGAUAUUCCAUAAUUUCUGCGGGUACAUUUAUUGUUUUGUUGGUUUUGUUUUGUUGAUGUAGCUUUAUGUUAUAUACACAUGUUAGACAUUUGUUGUGAUGUACUUUUAUUUACAGACUGUUCAGUAGUGAGUGUAAUGCACAGAGGAAAGUCCCCAGCAUAAUCAACAAAUACACACAGGUUUCAUCUGUUGGCUUGUGGAUAAGAAAAGACGGAUUCAAUUUUUGUUCAGGCCAGGGAAAUUUACAUUUGGAAUCUGUUUAUCCUAAUUAUCGCGUCUUUUGUUUUUGCGGACUGAAUGUAAAUUAACUUAUCCAGUAUUCCUUGAUCAGAAUUACUUUUCAAUGAAACAAUCUACUAGUUCUAAUAGUCAUCUUUGGCAAAUGGUAUCAUCUUGAAUGUUUGAAAAUAUAUUAUUUUAGCUGUGAAAAUAUGACUGCCAUUGUGAGUUACCUUGCACCCAUCAGCUGCCCCCUCCCUGCCCCCCCUCCCUGCCCCUCCUCCCUGCCCCCAACCCCCUGUUCAUAUAUUGCUCACACAGCUCACUGCCCUAUUACCCAGCACCACACCAUGCACUAUGUAGUGUGAACCUCGUGUGUCAACAGUUGGGGAUGCAGAGUAGAUACAUACUUUGUUAGCAACAAGUGACAGUGGUCUCACCUAACAUAAAGCAACCACUUUCGCUUGUAGUGCUAGAUGAAACUAAGUAUUGCCUGAUUGUGGUGUUCAUGCCAUGCAUCUGAUCCACUAGCUUCCAACUCAAUGACGGAGAUACAGAUUCUCCCUAUAUUUUACAUGAUCCGUGUUAGUACAGUGUGGACCUGGUCUGGUGUCACACUCUCAUGAGCUGGCGUUGGAACUUCUCGAACACAUAGGAGAUCAGUAUUAGUUUGGGCCGUGUAUAAUCAUUUGGGGAUUGCCUUCCUGAAUUUUAUAACAUCUGCCAAUAGUUUUGUGCUUUUUUUUUAUUUCUGCAUGUGAUAUUACUCUAUGUGUUCGUAUGAUGAAACAUCAAAAUUAGCCAUCAUUUGAUUCUAGGAAAACUAUUGUGUUGAGAAGUGAAAAUAAUGUUACCCCAAGUCAGGUUCACACUGCAAACAUCAUUGUGAGUUUUGGUCCAAAGUAAGAUAGUUGUAUCCCAGGUUGAAGGUUACAAGGCUUGGCCUAGAUGCACCUGGUUCAAGAAGCGACGGUCAGCUGUCCGAGGUUGGUCAGUGAUGACAGGUGUGGUCACCCACUGUCUCCUGAAUGAGAGAGUGAUUAUUUCUAUACAGAUAUUUUUACAUAUGUGUCAUUUUGUACAACAUAGGCUUUUGUAGUCUUUUGUGAAUACGGUGUAUAUUUUUUCUGUUAUUUAUUUACUGAUAAAUGGAUGUUGUGAGGGGAUGGUCGAUGAAACACACACAGCAAUGUCAGCCCUUGAAGAAACAUUUUGUAUUUACUUAAACCUGAAAUUGUAUGCAGUUCUGUUGUUAAUGAUAUAUAUGAACAUGAUGGAAAGGUGUGAUCAUGAUGAUAAUUUUAAGAAACUAGCUACCGUAUAGUGUAUAAAAAAUCAGUUGGUUCAGUUCCCGGUUUUGUGUGUACAUCCCAUCCCGGUUGGUAGCUGACAAGUAGGUGGUAUGUUUCUUUAGAUAGGAAAGGCUGAGUAUGUACAAAUAAUCACGACACUAUGUUGGCGACAGUAUGAUGUUAGGCAUAUUUUUUUCUUCCUUGCCAUUUUUUCCCUGAACUAAUAUGUUCAUUUCUUUACUUUUUUUUCUGAAUAUUAAUUUUAUGUCACGUUUUUCAGAGGUUUUUGCCACCACUUUUUCCAAUUUCAACCACAGACCUUAUGUUUAUGGAAACAACGCUCUAAGCUAAGUUAAAGAGGACAGAAUUAAGGCCAUGGUGUAAUGAACUAGGACUGUUUCGUUUUCCUGUCCUAUUGACAAAAUGGGUGUGCUGAUAUUCAGUAAUGUAGUAAGGCUGAUGCUGUUUGUGUUUCUUCGCCAUCUCGGGUGUCACCAGUUGAUAUUAGUCCAUGUAGAUACAGUUGACAGCUGUAGUUCAGCUCCCCUGGGGUGGGGACUGAUGUGUCAGGACAUGCAGGGGAAUGCUGAUCACCCUUCACCAAGGUGAGGACAACUCCCCUGUUGUAGGAUUCUGAGGGAGUUGCUCACGUGCUGCCUCAUCAAGUGUCAGGCAAGCAUCAGACAGUUACCUCCAAGCUAGGCCACAAAAUACCCACUAUUCUGAUCUCACUCAGCACCUUGUACAGAACAUCUCCGUCUCAGCUAUGACUGGCAAUACUGAUUAAAGCAUGUAUUCAUGACUAUCAUGUUGGAUAAAUGACGCACCUCAUCAUGUCUUGUUGUGCACAGUGGCCAAAGGAUUCACAAGGUUAACAAGCCGUCUACAUUGUAAAGAUCUCAUGAAGAUAGAAUCAGCAUUCCCUGGCAGAGCUGGCGGGUGGAGCAGGAUGUUUGUGGACCUCUGUUGUAGUCAGGGAUGUUCAUCCUAAACUUCUCACUGGUGCUUCUCAUGUUUACAGUCUUAUGUUAAUGUUGUUGAAGCUGGUCUAGUCACAAGAACUGACGGUCAGUCAGUGUCACCUUCAAGGCAACAGCAGAGUCCGAGUCCAGUCACAUUCUUAGCACUAGGACUGCAUGCUGGACUGGGCUCCGACCUGGUGCCUUACCCCCAGCAGUCUCUGACAUCAGGAACAAGUCAGUUUAGUGUUAGCAACAACAUUGUUGUGUUUGUUGACAACAUGUCCUGAUGAUUAUCAGGCAUAAAUAGAUUAAUGAAGAGACUGUCCUCCUCCUUGUCCACUAACUGUUUUAUGUCAGUAUAAUUUGUAUUCCCAUUGCAGGACUUGUACCAAUACAUCCUAGAUUCUAGAAAUGUAUACUACAUAAAUGACACAUUUCUACACUGUAGGCCAUGUGGCUCUUAAUGUUGAAUAAAAGAAGUUGAAACAUAGAAGACACUAGAAUAAAAAAUCAUUGUAUUUAUGCAUCUUGUGGACAGUAACAUUGUCAGCAAAAUCAGACGUAGUGCUUGAUAGUUCUGUAGCACUUCAAGUUUGCUCAAAAACUAUCAUUCAAUUACAGCUCAGUCAUUGUAUGCUUGAGUAUUGAUAUCAGAGGGUGUAAUAUACUACACCAGCUCAUCAUAAUUAGAGAAGGAAAACAAGUCUUGCAAUUUGUUUGAGGUGGAAAAACUUAGAAUUUAUGAACAUUGUAAAAUACUGAAAAUGAUUCUUACAAUGUUUUAUAUGAAUCAUAGACAGUAAUAUAUUAGUAACUAUGAUGCAAUAUUUCGUAGUCAAUUCCUGUAUGUUUCUUAUUGGUGUCUGGUGCUGUCUUCAAUGUAUUUAGUACCCUGGGAUCAGUGUAGUAGCAACAGCUACUGUACCAAUACAGCAUGUUAGGGAAGGGAAGAUGUUGAGGGGCGUGGCUUACAGCAUGUUAGGGAAGGGAAGAUGUUGAGGGGCAUGGCUUACAGCAUGUUAGGGAAGGGAAGAUGUAGAGGAGUGUGGCUUACAGCAUGUUAGGGAAGGGAAGAUGUAGAGGAGUGUGGCUUACUGCUCCAAUACAGCAUGUUAUGGAAGGGAAGAUGUUAAGCGGCGAAGCUUACUGUACCAACACAGCAUGUUAGGGAAGGGAAGAUGUUGAGGGGCGUGGCUUACAGCAUGUUAGGGAAGGGAAGAUGUAGAGGAGUGUGGCUUACUGCUCCAAUACAGCAUGUUAUGGAAGGGAAGAUGUUAAGCGGCGAAGCUUACUGUACCAACACAGCAUGUUAGGGAAGGGAAGAUGUUGAGGGGCGUGGCUUACAGCAUGUUAGGGAAGGGAAGAUGUAGAGGAGUGUGGCUUACUGCUCCAAUACAGCAUGUUAUGGAAGGGAAGAUGUUAAGCGGCGAAGCUUACUGUACCAACACAGCAUGUUAGGGAAGGGAAGAUGUUGAGGGGCGUGGCUUACAGCAUGUUAGGGAAGGGAAGAUGUUAAGGGGUGAAGCUUACUGUACCAAUACAGCAUGUUAGGGAAGGGAAGAAGUUGAGGGGCGUGGCUUACAGCAUGUUAGGGAAGGGAAGAUGUUAAGGGGUGAAGCUUACUGUACCAAUACAGCAUGUUAGGGAAGGGAAGAUGUUGAGGGGCGUGGCUUACAGCAUGUUAGGGAAGGGAAGAUGUUGAGGGGCGUGGCUUACAGCAUGUUAGGGAAGGGAAGAUGUUGAGGGGCGUGGCUUACAGCAUGUUAGGGAAGGGAAGAUGUUAAGGGGCGUGGCUUACAGCAUGUUAGGGAAGGGAAGAUGUUGAGGGGCGUGGCUUACAGCAUGUUAGGGAAUGGAAGAUGUUGAGGGGCGUGGCUUACAGCAUGUUAGGGAAGGGAAGAUGUUAAGGGGCGAAGCUUACUGUACCAAUACAGCAUGUUCGGGAAGGGAAGAUGUUGAGGGGCGUGGCUUACAGCAUGUUAGGGAAUGGAAGAUUUUAAGGGGCGAAGCUUACUGUACCAAUACAGCAUGUUAGGGAAGGGAAGAAGUUGAGGGGCGUGGCUUACAGCAUGUUAGGGAAGGGAAGAUGUUAAGGGGCGAAGCUUACUGUACCAAUACAGCAUGUUAGGGAAGGGAAGAAGUUGAGGGGCGUGGCUUACAGCAUGUUAGGGAAGGGAAGAUGUUGAGGGGCGAAGCUUACUGUACCAAUACAGCAUGUUAGGGAAGGGAAGAAGUUGAGGGGCGUGGCUUACAGCAUGUUAGGGAAGGGAAGAUGUAGAGGGGCGUAGCUUACUGCACCAAUACAGCAUGUUAGGGAAGGGAAGAUGUUAAGCGGCGAAGCUUACUGUACCAAUACAGCAUGUUAGGGAAGGGAAAUGUUGAGGGGCGUGGCUUACAGCAUGUUAGGGAAGGGAAGAUGUUGAGGGGCGAAGCUUACUGUACCAAUAUAGCAUGUUAGGGAAGGGAAGAUGUUGAGGGGCAUGGCUUACAGCAUGUUAGGGAAGGGAAGAUGUUAAGGGGCGAAGCUUACUGUACCAAUACAGCAUGUAAGGGAAGGGAAGAUGUUGAGGGGCGUGGCUUAACUGCUCCAAAACAGCAUGUAAGGGAAGAGGGGCGUGGCUUACUGUACUGCAAGAGAAAAUGGAAAAAGUGUUUUGAGGGAACAUGAAUUAUCUGUCAAGGGAAAGUAUAGAGGACGCGUGAAUUAAGUAUCAAGGGAAAGUGGACAUUUAAAAUUAGUAUCAAGAGAAUUAUGGUGCUGAAGGCCAGUGAAUUAUCAGAGAAAAGUGCAGAUAGGAUGCAUAAAAUAUCCAGGGAAGGUGCAGAAAGAGGUGCAUGAAUUUUCCAGGGAAGCAGCUGAUAGCAAACAUGAAGUUUGAGAAGGUGCAGAAUGGGCCACUUGAAUUAUCAGUCAAAGGUGCUGAGAAGCAGAUGAAUAUUGAGGGACAUGUGAAAAAGUGGGUAUUGAUCAUGGGAUGCUGAGUACAUUGAAUUACAGACACAAAAGUGUUAUAUUGGUGUGUAGUAAUAUCAUCAUACUUCAAUUUUUAUCCUGAUCUCUGGGACUAUUAUUAAUGUUUGGUCGCACUGCAUGAACUAGUUUAGUUUUUAUCUUCCAUGAAAUGUUUCUUCCUUGGCAAUCAAUUUGUGGUGGACAUUUCGUCUGUAAUUUUAUACUUUGGACAAAUUAUUAUUUUCAUGUAUGUUAGUGAUUUCCUAACCUAGAGAUAUAUUUUCCAGAUUUAUGUUUUGUGUAUUUUCAUAUAUUAGAUUAUUCGCUGCCUUAUAUAUACAUAGUCAUUGUAUUUUCUGCAGAGAAAGCAACUUUUUCUAAUGUCUACAUUUUCAUACAUUUUGUCAAAAAUGAACUGCUCAAUUUUUGAAGCCUAUGACACCCCUCUGAUUCUCCUGAUGGUGAUGUACUGCCUGUCAGUAGGGACUGAGUAACUGAAGACAGUACACUGGUAUGGUGAUGUGAUUGGAUGAGAUGACUUCACAUAACCCACAUCAUCGACAGUACAGACAACAUGCGGUCCAAAUAUUUCAUCUUUUGGGAGUGACUUGGGUCUAUUUAAUAUUUAUUGGGUUUCCUCAGUUGAAACAGAACAAUUCACUCUUUAUGCUGUAAGACAGACAGAAGUUUAUAUUUUCAACAACACAACUAUAUUUAGUUUGUUUUGCUUUGUGAAGUGGAUCGUGUAACAUUAAUAGUUGUUGUGGUUGACAUGCAGAGAUAUUACUGAUUUACACUUGCUGACACAGGGUAUUCCAAUCACAGACGUGUUCAUACAGAAAUAGGCCCUCUGUACAUGUGGCCACCUGCAGGAGCUGGUGCAGGCAGGCAGGUGCAGGAUGCAUGCAAUAUCAAAGGCUGGCUAUACAGUCGCACUUCCCAUCACCUGGCAGAGUUACUAUCAACAGUUAAUGUGACAUAAAAGUGGUUUUGUUAACUGGGUCCAUGUUUGAGAAGUGCCAGAUGAUCCACGUCAAACAGCCACAGUUCAUCAGACUUUCAGCCUCCUGGUUCCAUUACCCAGUUUGUAACUAUAUAUGAUUUUUCUGCCGAAUUAUUGAUAUUUAUUUUCAAAUACAAACUCUGGAACAAAUCUCUAUUAUGUAUAAUUCAGGGUUCAUGAGUGUGCCAAUAUCUGUUCUGCCCCCCACAGUAGGUGAUCCUUGCUGAGCUGGCAGCCCUUGCUGGGCUGAGGAUAUCCUUGCAGGGCUGGCAGUCCUUGUUGGACUGAGGAUAUCCUUGCUGAGCUGGCAGUCCUUGUUGGACUGAGGAUAUCCUUGCUGAGCUGGCAGUCCUUGCUGGGCUGAGGAUAUCCUUGCUGAGCUGGCAGUCCUUGUUGGACUGAGGAUAUCCUUGCUGAGCUUGCAGUCCCUGCUGGGCUGAGGAUAUCCUUGUUGAGCUGGCAGUCGGUGUUGGAAUGAGGAUAUCCUUCCUGAGCUGGCAGUCCUUGCUUGACUAAGGAAAUCCUUGCUGAGCUGGCAGUCCUUGCUGGGCUGGGGAUAUCCUUCCUUAGCUGGCAGUCCUUGCUGGGCUGAGGAUAUCCUUGCUGAGCUGGCAGUCCUUGCUGGGCUGGGGAUAUCCUUGCUGAGCUGGCAGCCCUUGCUGGGCUGAGGAUAUCCUUGCUGAGCUGGCAGCCCUUGCUGGGCUGCGGAUAUCCUUGCUGAGCUGGCAGUCCUUGCUGGGCUGAGGAUAUCCUUGCUGAGCUUGCAGUCCUUGCUGGGCUGAGGAUAUCCUUGCUGAGCUGGCAGUCCUUGCUGAGCUGGCAGUCCUUGCUGAGCUGGCAGUCCUUGCUUGGCUGAGGAUAUUCUUGCUGAGCUGGCAGUCCUUGCUGGGCUGAGGAUAUCCUUCCUUAGCUGGCAGUCCUUGCUGGGCUGAGGAUAUCCUUGCUGAGCUGGCAGCCCUUGCUGGGCUGAGGAUAUCCUUGCUGAGCUGGCAGUCCUUGUUUGACUGAGGAUAUUCUUCUUGAGCUGGCAGUCCUUGUUUGACUGGGGAUAUUCUUCUUGAGCUGGCAGUCCUUGCUGGGCUGAGGAUAUCCUUGCUGAGCUGGCAGUCCUUGUUGGACUGAGGAUAUCCUUGCUGAGCUUGCAGUCCCUGCUGGGCUGAGGAUAUCCUUGUUGAGCUGGCAGUCGGUGUUGGAAUGAGGAUAUCCUUCCUGAGCUGGCAGUCCUUGCUUGACUAAGGAAAUCCUUGCUGAGCUGGCAGUCGGUGUUGGGCUGAGGAUAUCCUUCCUGAGCUGGCAGUCCUUGCUUGGCUGAGGACAUCCUUGCUGAGCUGGCAGUCCUUGUUUGGCUGAGGAUAUUCUUGCUGAGCUGGCAGUCCUUGUUGGUCUUAGGAUAUCCUUGCUGAGCUGGCAGUCCUUGCUGGGCUGGGGAUAUCCUUCCUUAGCUGGCAGUCCUUGCUGGGCUGAGGAUAUCCUUGCUGAGCUGGCAGUCCUUGCUGGGCUGGGGAUAUCCUUGCUGAGCUGGCAGCCCUUGCUGGGCUGAGGAUAUCCUUGCUGAGCUGGCAGCCCUUGCUGGGCUGCGGAUAUCCUUGCUGAGCUGGCAGUCCUUGCUGGGCUGAGGAUAUCCUUGCUGAGCUUGCAGUCCUUGCUGGGCUGAGGAUAUCCUUGCUGAGCUGGCAGCCCUUGCUGGGCUGCGGAUAUCCUUGCUGAGCUGGCAGUCCUUGCUGGGCUGAGGAUAUCCUUGCUGAGCUUGCAGUCCUUGCUGGGCUGAGGAUAUCCUUGCUGAGCUGGCAGUCCUUGCUGAGCUGGCAGUCCUUGCUGAGCUGGCAGUCCUUGCUUGGCUGAGGAUAUUCUUGCUGAGCUGGCAGUCCUUGCUGGGCUGAGGAUAUCCUUCCUUAGCUGGCAGUCCUUGCUGGGCUGAGGAUAUCCUUGCUGAGCUGGCAGCCCUUGCUGGGCUGCGGAUAUCCUUGCUGAGCUGGCAGUCCUUGUUUGACUGAGGAUAUUCUUCUUGAGCUGGCAGUCCUUGUUUGACUGAGGAUAUUCUUCUUGAGCUGGCAGUCCUUGCUGGGCUGAGGAUAUCCUUGCUGAGCUGGCAGUCCUUGUUGCACUUGAUGUCCAUAUUGGAAGCAUUUAGUUAACAUAUAUCUGUCAUAUAUCAGAAGCCACAUGCAGAUACUUACAUCUAUGUGUAUGGUCAAUAUUUUCUUCUUCCCAGUUUGUGUAUGUGUUGUUAACAUUUACUGAACUAUUGUGGACCACCACCAGCAGCAGCAGCAGCAGCAGCAGCCUGUGGGGGAGGGUCCAGCCAAUAAUACUUGUAUCUGAGGUUGUGAGGGUACCUCGUGUUGGCAGCAGAACUUCUUGUACCUUGUCCAGCAGCUCGUGACCAUCCACCUGGAGUAUCACAGUAGGGAAAGAGAACCAUCAAUGAUGGAAAACUUCUGUAGCAAUGAAUUCACAAUACAUACCUAUUUUUAACCAUGAACUUACAGAUUAUUAAUGUUGUCCUGGGCCAGAGAGACCACCUGAAACUCUGUGUGUUGAAUGUCUUAUUUACCAAAGACAGAAUUGAAUCUAUUUUGAAUACAGAACGACUACCUCAUUGAGGUCAACAUUCUGAAGCCAGUGUUUGCCAUGGCCAUGUCCUGUGACAGGAAUAAUGUGCUGUCACACUGGCUUAUCACGGUUGACCCAAAUACUUUGUUGAGGUUUAUUAUGCCGAUAUGAAAAUGAUGCAAUUUGAAUUUUAUACUAUUGGAGAAAAUAGUGGAUCGCAUGAAUUGAAUGGAAAAUCAAUGGACGCCAUGCCAACUGUGAGAAGCAGUCAUCUUAAUGGCAAUCACUAGCCAAUGGCUUCCUGAUCCAUUUGGUUUAAAUCAAGUGCACACAGUUUGAUCGUGUGUAUGCUGUAUAAUGAACUGCAUCUAUCCCUUAAUGCUGUUAUUUUCUUCUGUAAAGGUUUGUUGUUUUUUACUUCCAUCAGGACCCCAUUAUCCCAUCACCAGUUUGCCUAUCCAAAUUUCAAACUUUCCCCCACCUAAUCAGGCCCAAUGCUUGCCAUAUGCGAGCUACUGUCAUGUAUUGUGUCGCCAUGGCAACCACUGCCACAAAGCAACAAUUUCCUAUCAUUCUCUUACAGCCAUGCAACCGUAACUAAGUUGUGAUGGCAUGCUUUCUGUUUACAUUUUCCUCUAAUACCUUCCAGGUAUCACUGAAUGAGACCACAUCAUGAACUGUUCCUGGUGUCACUCCUCAUGCGAUCCCUAAUUUUCCAACAGUAUAUACAUGUAUGUAUAUGUAUAUGGAAAAAAAUAAACUAGUUCAAAGACUGCCGCAUACAUCUUCUUAGCUAGUUAUUUACAAGAUGUUCUGGACCCGUGAAGAACAGGGUUAGAAUAGUUCUUCAGCAACCCAUGAUUGUUUUAAGAGGCGACUAAUGUAAUCGGGUAUUUAGGCUUGCUUCCAUGGUUGAUGCAUGUCAUCGUAUCCCAAUUUCAAAGAUCGAUGCUCAUGAUGUCAAUUCCAGGAUUAUCUGGUCCAGUCUCAGUUAUUUACAGACUGCUGUCAUAUAGCUGGAAUAUUGCUGAGUGCAGCGUUAACAAAACACAAACAAACGAACAAACAAAGAUGUUCUGUAAGAUUGGUGAUGAUACUCCAGGUGCAACUCAUCAAGUUGUUUCUUUAUGCAGCAUGUCAUCAAAUUAUUUUGUUGUAUUUUGAGUUUUGUCCAUGUUGUUGUCUACAGGAGAACCUGGUAUCCCCUGUAGUCGAUGUAACUGUUUCCAUACAGGGGUUUUGCAAUGUGUGUUUGAGGAUGAUCUGUGAAGCCUAUUUAUUUAAGUCUGAAUACUUCAUGCAGCAUAUGAUCUCAGAGCCAUCAAUUUGAUAAAUACUUGUCACUGUCAUUUUCAACGAGAUUUUUUAAUGUCAUAUGUGAAUUGUAUGCAAAUUGUGUGAAAGUUCACUGUAUAAAGUGUUGCUGUUUUUUCAUGACUGUUUCAGAGAAAAUAUUGAUGCAGGGACAUACUGAUGUUGAUGUUGUAUUUGUUGUGUGAUAAAUGAUGCAGCGUUUCAGGGCACUAGUAUCCCAUGUUGUUUUGAGUCAUCAGGCAUAACUCAUGCCACAUUAUUGCUGACUAGGCAGUUACUCCAGGCUGUGGAAAUGGGGAUUUUUUUCGGGCUGUUUUACAAUAAAAAUGCAUGUACACAUCAAAUAACAAUUGAAGUUGUUGCUUUGAUUGAAAACGUUUUAUGCGUGUUGUUUAUGAAACAGAGAACUAUAAUGGCAAUAGUUUGUUGGAUAUGUUGUGUAUGCUUUAAGCUCCAAGUAUUUUAUGUUUGUGUUCAAACCUUCAUUACCUGAAUAUGAUCUUAAAUCAGUUAGUAGGAAUAUUUCAGUAAUAUAAGAUAGUUGAGGGGUAGUAAAAGGUAGUUAAGGAUGCUCCCUCCUGUUGUAGGAGUAGAGAGGAGCCCAUGGUGCCAGGGUACGUCUUGGCCAGGAUCACAGUAUGCUUGUCGAGUUAAAUAUUAUCAAUGGUUUUAUCAUAUGGAAUUAUAUUAUGACAGAGUCAUCUUUUAUAUACCACAAUAGUCAACCAGCUGUGGACAUAAAGGAAUAUAUCAAUGUCAUAUUGCAUACUAAAAGCAUAUAUUCUGAAAAUAGAUUCUAUAUGUUGUGUGCCAAGUAAAGUUUUGUCGUCCUGGAAACCCACAAUAAUAAUGGUUCCAUGACUGGCUUCACACCUAGCUUGGGUCUAACACUGUAUAAUAUCUGCACCUUCUAAAAUAUUUAAACAGAAUUCUGUGGUUCUUAAAAUUGUGGACCAACCAAAAUGUUGAACAGCAAGCAACAGAAGGGAGGUAACUCCUCCUCACACCCACAGACAUUGAAAGUAAUUUGGAUUGUUUGCUUCAUGACUCAGAACUGACUUUUGUUUAGAAUCUUGGGACAUCAUGGAAAAUAUUUAUUAACAUUUGGCAAUAUGAAAUGUAACGAUUUUCCUUGAUAUUUUUGUUGUUGAGAGAUCUCAUUUGUUCUAAUACUAGCUUCGUCUCUCACAGGUUACAGUGUUCAUUUUAUAUUGGAAGAUUCAGUGUUGUUCCAGGUGUAGUAGUGGAACAGGUACCCAGACAUGUGUGCCAGCCAUGCCAGGAUGGAGCCAAGUAUGCCGGGAUAGAGUUUUAGAAACUUGGAUAAAUUAAGCUUGGUCUUAUGAAAUGUGUACACUCCGCCUGUACUACAAUUGAUUGCAACGUAUCCUACAUUUAUGACAGUGAUUCAAAGAGUUGAUGUGUCUUAUUCUAAAAGUUGAAAUGAAAUUCUUGAUCUUUCAUACAAAUUAAUUCACUGAAUUCAGUUUUUAAUCACUUGAUCUAUGGUUAUUUUCUAAAUUAUAUUAUUUUCUUAAAUGUUAUGAAAGUAUGUAACAUAAACAUGUACUGGUAAGAGGAAAUGUUAUUGCUUGCCGCUGAAGUAUUUGACACCAAGCCAGUGCAGAAGACUAACUAUCAUGCCAGUUGUUACAACAAGGCAGGCUUGUUAACAGUAGCAUUACAGAUAUAAUGUAGACUGUAUUUGUUCUGUGAUGGACAAUAUUAAAAUGUCUGUUCAUA